AUGCACGGCCACCAGCCUCAUCCCGUCACUCCCGGCGGCGCCACCGCCAUAUCCGACGCCUUCCUUGCCAAAAGAGGAAAGCGACGUGGAAGCUACAACUGUGGCCGAUGUGGACAACCGAAGAAAGGCCAUGUAUGUCACCUUCCACCUCCAUCGAUCACUGAUUCAAGCUCUGCUGCUGUUACUCCAACUGAUUCAUCAACUUCCUCCGCGACCACCAUUAUUCCGGCUUCACCUCCGUUAUCUGCGGUCCGUCCGCAUCAACGGCAGCAGCCGUACUCGAAUCUACGACGAGCGUUGUCGUUUGAUGAUAUUGAUGUUCAUGAGUUGCCGGAAUCUGAUGAUGAGGGAGGGGAGGAGGAGUAUCUCUCGCCGGAUGUGGAGUUUAAUAUUGGAUCUGGUGGUUUGCCAGCGAGUUGUUUGUGGGAGGUGUUGAGGAGGUUGCCGCCGCCGUCGUUGUUGUCGGCUGCGAAGGUGUGUAAGGGGUGGCGGGACGUUACGAAACGGCUUUGGCGAGCUGCUGAAGAGCUCCGACUCAAGGUUCCGCCCAGGACUCAAGUCGGAUUUGUUGGAUCGGUUUUACAGAAAUGUCCAGCUCUUGCUAGACUAUCACUUACCAUGGAAAGUGAUAUGGAUUCAACUAUGCUGGCCUGCAUUGCAUUUGCCUGCCCGAAUCUUGAGUCUCUGGAGAUCUUCACAUGUGAAGGCUCAUUUAAUCGCAUUACUGGGGAUGAAUUGGGCCGUUUUGUUGCUGAUAAGCGCUGUCUCACAACUCUUAAGAUGGAGGGGUGUUCUAACCUUGGGGGCUUUGCUCUCUGUUCCAACACACUCUCCACACUUUGGCUUUCAGAUCUUCAUUCACUUUCAAAGAUGGUUUUCAAUUGCCCCAAUUUAAAUGAGAUAUCCCUUGAUUUUUCUUGCCAAGCGAACGAUGGCACUGAUCUUACUGCUAUGAUGGAUGGCCUUGGAAGAAGCUGUCCUAGAUUAAAAAAUAUCCACAUUUCUUCUCUUCAACUUUCCCAUUCUGUUGUGCUUUCUCUCACUGCUGCUAAUUUAAGGGGAUUGCGUAUGCUAUCGCUUGUACUGGGAUCAGAAAUAACUGAUGCAUCGGUUGUAGCAAUUUCUAAAAGCUACUCGAACUUGGAAUUGCUUGAUCUCAGUGGGUCUAGCAUAAGUGACAGUGGUAUUGGGAUGAUAUGCAAUGUAUUCCCAGAGACUCUAACAAGACUCCUACUUGCUCUAUGUCCUAAUAUCACAUCAAGUGGUAUCCAAUUUGCCACAGCCCAAUUGCCUCUUUUGGAACUUAUGGACUGUGGGAUGACAAUAUGUGAAUCAGAUGCACAAUAUCCAACCCAUGACGGGAAUGGUGGUUCUGAACUACAAAGAUCACCAAACAGCAAGCUGCAUCUUAUAUAUCAGAAGUUGUUUAUAAAGCAUGCUCGGUUGAAAAAGCUAAGCCUUUGGGGUUGUUCCAGCCUUGAUUCCUUGUAUCUAAAUUGCCCAAAUCUCAAUGAUCUGAACCUAAACUCUUGUAAAAAUCUCCUUCCAGAAAAAUUAGUCCUGCAAUGCCCUAAGCUGGAAAGUGUGCAUGCUAUUGGUUGCCAAGAUAUAUUAAUCCAAGCAGUUCAAACUCAGGUCUCCAGUGAACCUGCUCCUAUAGAAAACCGUUAUUCUUGUAAAAGGAUGGCUGAUGGUUCUAAGAGAGUUGGAAUUCCAUUUUCCUUUAGCCAACAGUCACCCGAUGAGAAAAUGAGUUGGAAGGUUCGAAAGCGGAGGUGCACCGUGCUUGUAGAAUGAUACCAAAUUAUUGAUUCAUGGGCAACAAACAGAUGGGAUUAAUGUAUGAUAAAACUGCAUAUCAGUAAUGAAGUUGGUGAUUACAAAAAAAACUAAUUCUAUUUCACAUUUUCCAUGGGUCAAAACAAUGCUUUUCCCAUGUGAUCACAAUAAAAGAUGCAACUAUGAUUGCUCCAAAACUGCAAUGCGUCAUAUGUAUAAACCUUUUAAUCUUCUUAACCUGGAUCUUGCAUUCAGCC